CUCUGUAAGUAUUAAGGUGGACAACUUGGAUUUCCUAUGAAAGGGUUAAGUGAAAUAUUAUAGAACUUGCUGCCCAGCUCUGAAGAAGUUAGGUGUAGGAGAAAGUGAUAAGAACAACACAAGGACACGGAACUAGGGAAAAGAAAACACGGGACUGUCUCAAGGCCUGGGGACUUUCCAGAUGUGCCUUAUGUAAGAUGUUUUCUAUUCCUGAGUGCUAUAAAAGAGAGCAGUAAAGUCAACAAAGUAGCUCGGAUGCUGGGAGCUCCCCCAACUCUGUCUCUUUGCCUUUCUUUUUCUUCAUCCUCACUCCCCCAUUCAGGUACUGUUCAACAAGUGACAGCGGGCUCCGUCACGGGUGGCGCCCGAACAGGGACCUGAGUACGGGGGAUCAGAAGUGAAGGACGCCGCGGUUUUGUGGGCCGGAGGAGGAUGCCAAUGGCGCCCACUGGCUCCCAGAGAGAUUGGUCCGGCAUGCAGAUACGCCUCCACUCCCUCCAAGUGUGCCUGAGGAUCCUCCUGCUGACGAAUCAUCAUGAAUCAAGCCUGGGAGAGCUUUUCUGGACCUAUGUGCUGGAUCCUCCCAUGGCCCACCCACACAGUUGGGAAGAUGGAGGGGUGAUGGUUUGGGUCAAUGAUACACGAUGGCUUGGCAAACCAGCUCUCGCUCGUGGCGAGAAUCCGGAGCAGAAGGGGAUCAAUUAUACUGGGGUGGGGGUAGGAACACCCAUAUGUUUUUCCCAUAAUCAUUCAUCUUUUGGAUGUUUGACGCUGGGCCCCCAACUCUUGGUGGAAAAGGGACGAGAUGAUUGCCCCUCGGUGAUCCAUGAUGUAUUUCUUGUCAUGCCUGUUGGAUCCGAGGCCGAUGGUACUGUCCCCCAAGAGUAUCCCCCAUGUGGCCAAGGACAAUGUAUCAAUGAGACUGUGCCCUGGGAAAGGUGCAUGGGAAAUACCCUCCGACGCUACAAUAUCACCGGCUUCACCACAUAUAUCUUGGAUUGGUCCGCCUCCCGCCUUGCGUUGAAUGAGCCUUCCUCACCAUCCCCAGAGGGGCCGAUACGCCCGGUCUCUGCUGGACUUUGGUGGACAUAUACAGGAUAUUCCCAACCUUAUAUUUGGAAAAUAGCAGCGGCCUUUGCACAGCUCGAUGGGAAAACUGGGAGUGGUAGGGGGCAAAUGUUGUCAAGAAAUGUCACCGUGUCCGACGGCCGUUGAUGUUAUUGCUGGGGGAGCUUGAUGUCAUCAAUGUUUCUGCUUCUGAAUUGUAUAAUGUUUCUUGUAUUAAUUGUAAAUUGAGUAAUUAUAUAGCCUCUCCUCUACCCGAUGGAACCCGUGUCAUGGUUCUCAAACAUCCCGGGUUUGUUAUGAUGCCGGUUAAUAUUACCGAACCCUGGUAUUCCAGUCAAAGAGUACAGGUUUUGGAAGAAUUGAGGCAGGCCCUUCGAAGAUUUCGUAGAGGAGCAGGAUUGAUUGUUGCAGGCAUUGCUGCCCUGAUAGUUCUCAUUGCUUCCUCAAUAACUGCUGCGGCUGCCUUAGCAACCUCUGUACAAACCGCACAUUUUGUGAAUCAGUUGUCUGAAAAUGCCACCCUGGCUUUAGAAACGCAAGAAGAUAUAGAUAUAAGAUUAGAACAUAAAUUGAAUGCUCUCUAUUCUGUAGUUCUUCAUUUGGGAGAUGAGCUACAGAUUUUAAAAUUAAAGUAUAGGUUGCAGUGUCAUGUUAAUUAUCAUUGGAUAUGUAUAACUUGAAAAAAAUAUAAUAUUUCUAAAUAUGAUUGGGAUAAAGUUAGAUUACAUUUGCAGGUAGUGUGGCACCAUGCCAAUUUGUCAUUAGAUCUCCUUCGUUUACAUCAGAAAAUUGUUGAUUUACAAGAGGCGGAGCCCCUCCAAUUUGAUGCCGCCGAGUAUGCAAGUGAUCUUUUGGGGCAGUUAAAGAGCAGUUUGCCCUCGUUGAUGGGGAUCCCCCACUUGCUUGUUAGCUUGCCAGUGUUGGGAGGGAUCGUACUCCUAGUCUGCCUUCUUGCUCCUUAUUUGCUUAAGAUAGUGGUCCAAGUUCUCUCCCGAGCCUUCGGAGAAAUCCAUGAUCUUCGGCUUCGUGCAUUGCCCCCUCGCCCGGUCAUUUAAAGGAGGCCGGUAGUCAAGGACAGGUAAGAGAGGGCCUAGGAAACUACCAACCUAAGACAGAGCAAGGAGGGCAUAAGUCCCCUUGUCUCCAUGACGGGUAAGGAGUUUCUCUGAGGCCUCCUGCCUAAGACAGGCACGGUCAUCCAUUCACCGCUUCUUUAUAUAUAAAGAAAGGGGGAGAUGUGGAGAGCCAACAGCUCUAUAAGUAUUAGGGUGGACAACUUGGAUUUCCUAUGAAAGGGUUAAGUGAAAUAUUAUAGAACUUGCUGCCCAGCUCUGAAGAAGUUAGGUGUAGGAGAAAGUGAUA